UCUCGAAAUUGAUCUGGAGAGUGUUCGGCAAGAUUACCGAGCGUCACUACAAGAUUUGACGUUUAACUCAAAGCCAAUAAUAACAAACCUAACUAUCAUUGCUCAAGAGAACUUACCGGCUGCAAGGGCAAUUGUACAAGCCAUUGAAGACCAAAUCAGAACUUGUCCGCCACCACACAAGCUACCCGUGUUAUAUCUCCUUGAUUCUAUUAGCAAAAAUGUUGGUGGUAUAUAUAUCCAAUUGUUCGCCCGAAACCUUUGCAACACUUUUAUGGAUACGUAUGAUGUCGUAGAUCAACCAACAAAACAAAAACUUGAGCGAGUUUUGGCCACAUGGAAAAGUGGUCCAACAGGUGCGCCAGUGUAUUCAACUGAAGUAACUGGUCAAAUUGAAAGAGCUUUAUUGAAGCAGCAGUUGAGAUUGCAAUCACGCGGAUCAAUAGAUGUCGGAAGACAUAUUCAUAUUAAUCCUAAUUUCUUAAGUGGGGCUAUC